CCUCUCCCGGCUACAAAUACCCAUACCCAUCCCUCGCCCUGAGGCAUCGAUCUCUUCCCAGUCGCGCGCUCUAGAGUUCAGCCAUCUACGGCGAGGGAAGAAACCAAGAACUCGCGCCGCGCUCGAUCGGCGACGGUCCCAGCCGUCGUCCGCCGUUCUUGGGAGGAGUUCUUGCUGCUCUUCUUGGCCGCCCGGGAAGAGGAUGGGGAGGCGAUCGGCGCCGAUGGGCAAGUACGGCCGCGUGUGCGGGGAGCUGCUGGACAUGGGCGCCCGGAUCGCCGUGCGGUCCUACACGCACUGCCCCCAGACGGCGCGCAUGUACUACAAGCCCCCCUCGACCGCCGCCACCGGAACCGGGAGCAGCGCCGCCUCGUCAUCUCCCUCCCCGAGGGACGGCGCGUCCGGAGGGGCCGACGCGUCGUCUGUGACCGUGAGGACGAAGCAGCAGCAGGCGGCGGCGGCGGCCAAGGCGUUGUUCGAUGCCUCGGGCUCGGAGAUCAUCUUGUACGGCGGCGCGUCGGAUUGAUCAGCACGUGCCCACGGCGGCGGCGGCGGCAAGAAAGAAUCGAGACAUUGUUCGAGAUGAAUUGAGGAGCGAGUUGUCGCCCGCACGAUUCGAGUAGUUCUUUUGCAUUCUUUCUUUCUUUGAUUCGGCGAUGCGACAAGUUUUUCCAACUCCCUCGAUCAUGUCCCGAGGGGGUUGAGAGUUGAGUCUGAAACUAAUGUUCUUUAAUCUUGAUCGAUAG